CUGACAGCCGCUAUCCUCGGAGCUAGAAGCUAACAGCUAGCUGGUGCUAAUGGAGGCUCGCUCGGUGUUCCUGCUGCUGUGUGGCCACGCCGCCUGCCUGCACGCCGCCUUGCCUUCACGGAGCGGACCUAAAGUCACCGAGAAGGUGUUCUUUGACAUCACAGUGGCGGGUCAGGAGGUGGGCCGCGUGGUCAUUGGCCUCUUUGGAGAGGUGGUCCCUCUGACUGUGGCCAACUUUGUUGCCCUGGCAACAGGAGAGUGUGUUUGUGCACAGAAAGGUUACGGCUACAAAGGCAGCAAGUUCCACAGAGUCAUCAAGGACUUCAUGGUCCAAGGAGGAGACUUCACCCUGGGAGAUGGCACUGGAGGUCACAGCAUCUACGGAACCACCUUUGCUGAUGAGAACUUCCGACUGAAGCACAGCUCUGCGGGCUGGGUGAGCAUGGCCAAUGCUGGUCCAGACACUAACGGCUCGCAGUUCUUCAUCCUGGCCACUAGAGCUCCGUGGUUGGAUGGCAAACAUGUUGUGUUUGGCAAAGUCCUGGACGGGAUGUCUGUGGUCCACACCAUGGAGCUCCAGGACACCAACGAGAGGAACCUUCCUCACACGGACUGUGUGGUGGUCAACAGCGGGAGGAUGCUGGUCAAAGAGCCUUUUAUUGUGGAGGUGGAGGGCUGGUAGAAGAAGAAGAAAAGGUCAAAGAGCCUUUUAUUGUGGAGGUGGAGGGCUGGUAGAAGAAGAAGAAAAGGUGAAAGGUGUUGACUAUGCAAACAUGUUAAGAUGACAUCUUUACAUGAAAGAAUGACAACAUAUCACUUUGAAGUCUGCAAUAAAUGUUGCUGCCA